AUGAAUACACGUACCUUGCCCCCAUGUAUAUCCGUGGGCAGAGGAUUGUGGUGGUUAGAAAAAAGCAAACAAAGUGGACGUGAUUUGCUUGCAGCGGGACUUCAAGUGAUCCAAGUCAAAACCGGAGACGGCACGACAACCGCCACUGUUCUUGCGCGUGCCAUCUACUCAGAAGGUGUCAAGAACAUUGCAGCUGGAUGCAACCCCAUGGACCUGCGCCGUGGGUCUCAGGCCGCCGUCGACCGUGUCGUCUCUUUCCUCUCUGCACACGCCAAAACUAUCACGACAACCGCCGAAAUCGCACAGGUAGCUACUAUUUCCGCAAACGGUGACGCCUACGUUGGAGGAUUAAUUGUUCAGGCAAUGGAGAAGGUCGGAAAGGAGGGUGUGAUCACUGUGAAGGAGGGAAAGACGAUUGAGGACAAAAUUGAGAUCACCGAGGGAUAUCCUCCCUGCCCUCGAGGCCACGGCGCAGGCCAGACGCCCACUGACUUCAUCAUUGUGGAAGACGUCGACGGCGAGGCUCUUGCUGCCUGCAUCCUCAACAAGCUCCGUGGUCAGCUGCAGGUGUGCGCUGUCAAGGCUCCUGGGUUUGGAGACAAUCGCAAGAGCAUCCUCGGUGACCUUGCUAUUCUCACCGGAGGAACAGUGUUCACAGACGAGCUCGACGUCAAGCUCGAGCGUGCGUCAGCGGAGAUGCUCGGUUCGACUGGAAGCAUCACUGUCACCAAGGACGACAUGAUCAUUCUCAACGGUGAAGGUGCAAAGGAUCAGAUUGCUGCAUGGUGCGAGCAGAUCCGUGCCUUGAUUGCGGACCCCACGACGGGCAACUUUGACCGCAGCAAGCUUCAAGAACGUCUCGCGAAGCUGAGCGGAGGUGUAGUUGUCAUCAAGGUGGGCGGAGCAUCCAAGGUCGAGGUUGGCAAGAAGAAGGACAGGUACAACGACGCGCUCAACGCGACACGCGCCGCUGUCGAGGAGGGUAUCCUCCCCGGAGGCGGUGUUGCGCUCCUCAAGGUGUCGUUGCAGCUCGCGACGGCGAGUGCCCUUGCUGCCCGGAGAGGCGGCAAACAGGGUCAAGUGCUAAUGCUACUGCUGCUGCCAAUGCCAAUGCCGCUGCCGCUGCUGCCUCGAGCAGAGGCAGAUGUGAUGAAGCCUGUGGAUGAGAGUGUGUUGCUCGGAGAGGAUGCGCUGGUCACAGAGGAGGUGCACAAGCAGCAUUCUCAUGCACAGCAGGGGUAUCAGCACCCCAUCCUCGGCGCGCCGCACUGGUCUGCGGGCAGGAAGGAGAACGUGCACGCACACUAG